UGUUAUUUCAUAGUAGAUUUAGUACAUUUUUAAAGACAACGGCGGCCACAUUGUAUCCGACACUAAUUGUUACGAACAGCGAGGCAAUGCAGCAAUUGCGGCAUUAUGCACUCCGUGGCCUGGCCAGAAGUCGAUUUUAUUCAACGCGACCACAGGGAGACCUCUACGAUGUGGUGGUCAUUGGAGGCGGGCAUGCCGGCACAGAAGCUUGUGCAGCAGCAGCUCGAAUGGGUGCGCGCACCUUGCUCCUCACUCACAAACUGGAGACUAUUGGCGAGAUGUCGUGCAAUCCAUCGUUUGGAGGCAUUGGCAAGGGACAUCUGAUGCGUGAGGUGGAUGCCCUAGACGGUGUUUGUGCCCGAUGCUGUGAUGUCUCCGGUGUCCACUACAAAGUGCUUAACAAGCGACGUGGUCCAGCUGUGUGGGGACCCAGAGCUCAAAUUGAUCGACAACUGUACAAACGGGCAGUACAACGAGAGUUGUUUGCUACUCCAAAUCUCGAGAUACGUGCGGCAGGAGUUGACAAUCUGUUAAUUGAAACGGAUGAGACAUCUCAGAGUGGAUCGCGCUGCCGAGGAGUUCUUCUCGAGAGUGGAGAAGUGGUGCACAGUCGCUCCGUGGUGCUGACCACGGGCACCUUUCUGCGCGCUCACAUAAACAUUGGCCUCGAGGUGCGGCCAGCUGGACGCAUUGGAGAUGCACCUGCCAAGGCGUUGGGUGAAGCAUUAAAUACUCUUGGUUUUCGCAUGGGACGCUUGAAGACUGGAACUCCACCUCGCAUUGCUAGAAGCAGCAUUGACUUUACGAAGCUGCAGAAACAUGAUGGCGACAAUCCGCCCACACCGUUCUCCUUUUUAAAUCGCGAGGUGUGGAUACCCGCCGAGGAACAGAUGCCCUGCUAUCUGACUUAUACGACACCACGUGUAAAUGACAUUGUGCGUGACAAUCUGCAUCAGAAUCGACAUGUCACCGAGGAGAUUACAGGGCCACGUUACUGUCCAUCGAUUGAGUCGAAGGUGUUGCGAUUCGGUGCCAAGGUUCAUCAGGUUUGGCUGGAACCAGAGGGAUUCGAUAGUCCGCUAUGCUAUCCACAGGGCAUCUCGUGCACUCUGCCCCACGCCCAGCAGGUGGAGCUGGUGCGCGCCAUUGCGGGUCUGGAGCAGGCGGAAGUGGUGCAACCCGGCUACGGGGUAGAGUACGAUUACAUAGAUCCACGCGAGCUAUUUCCCACACUCGAAACGAAGCGAGUCGCCGGCUUGUUCUUUGCGGGACAGCUCAACGGCACCACUGGCUACGAGGAGGCUGCCGCACAGGGAAUUAUUGCUGGAGCCAAUGCGGCGGGCAAGUCUCGACAUGCCGAUGGCCGGCAACUGAGCAUUAGCCGCACCGAGGGCUACAUUGGGGUGCUAAUCGAUGACCUGACCUCGUUGGGUACCAACGAACCUUAUCGCAUGUUCACUAGUCGCGCAGAGUUCCGUCUAUCGCUGCGGCCGGACAAUGCGGAUAUGCGUCUCACGCAGAAGGGCUUUGAUUUUGGACUGGUCAGCGAGCGGCGCUUCCAGCACUUCCAACAAACUGAGCACAAGCUUAAGGCGGGCAUUGAAGCGCUCAAAGGUCUGCAGAAGCACAGCAAUUUCUGGCGUCAAGCACUGAAUUUGCCCCAAGCCAAGGCGUCUAUACAGAAAUCAGCUUUCGAAAUGCUUGGUGUGCCGGCUGAUAACAUUUCUGUUGAUCAGCUAAUAGACCUCUAUCCCGACGAACUGAGUUGGUUGCGUGACGAUGGCGAUAUUGCGGCAAGACUGAAAAUUGAAGCUCUUUAUGGUUUCUUUGUUGAGGAGCAGCUGCGAGAUGUGGAGGAUGUGCGCAGAGAGGAACGACUGUCGAUUCCCGCUGACAUUGACUACUUCUCCAAGUCCUUGAGUCUCUCCAAUGAGGAACGCCAGAAACUGGCGCUAAUACAGCCCCAAACGAUCGCAGCUGCAAGUCGCAUUCAGGGAGUAACGCCAUCGACGAUUCUACGUAUCUUAAAGUACGUCAAGAAAGCGGAAGUUCUACAGGCAUAGACAAUGUCAUUUCUAUUAGGGUUUUUUGUUUUUAGAUUUGUAAAUAUGUUUGUAAAGAUUAAAGUCGAAUAUAGUAUGAUUUUUAAAUGUGUCUUUAAGGGGUA